GGAUCUUUACGAUGGCUCGAUGUGAGAGUCUUCUAUGUCAGAGUAAGCAAGUGUGAGACUGAUGAUGAAUCUACUCCUACGUACCUCACUCUAAACCCCAUUCCAUUGAAUCCCGAUACACUUCUUGAAGUAAAUGGUGUUCGAAUCGGCAUCUGUUCUGAUGGUGCAUCAACCCUUCUUAGAAGGGAUCGGCUAGACAAAAAAUCUGAAGAAGUCACUUUUGUGAGCACCGAUAGCAUUAAGCUGACAGGGAGUGUGAAAUUUGAGGUUUUCUAUAAGGAUGGUCUUCUGCUAUCAGGGGAUUUAGAGUUGUGUGACAGUAACGGUUGCACCGAGGAGUGUAGAGUUAGUGGUUCGAUGUGGAGCAUGAAAUGCGAAUCAGUUAUAACUUCAGGCUCCGGUUUUCUCAAGGCCAAACAAUAUCACAGUCCAGGUUCAGCUUCACCCACAGUUGAGGUCUAUGUUGCUGGGUCAUUCUCAGGCAGCCCUAUUAUAUUAACCAGAACUUUACAGCCUAGUUUCCGGAAGAAACAAAUGAAAGGGAUGCUGGAUUCGAUACCAGAGUACGAGGCAGCUGAAGAUCAGAAAGAAGUUACCCCUUUGCAGAUACCAGAUUACUUGAGUCAUAAAUCAGAAGGUGAAGAGCACAGCUAUGUGUAUUCAGGGGUGGAUUAUUUUGAGGGCGAAGACGGGGAGUUGUCAUGGUUCAAUGCGGGCGUGAGGGUGGGUGUCGGAAUCAGCCUCAGCAUCUGUGUCGGAAUUGGCUUAGGAGUAGGUUUGCUGGUACGUACCUACCAAGGCACUACCCGUAACUUUCGAAGACGACUACUGUAAUAAAACAUUUUCCCCGUGCUUCAUUAUCCUUUUGCUAAAUAAGUCCUCCGUAUUUCCCAUGGGCUAACAUAGAUAGUGUUUCUAACAUAUCUUAUUUGUGUGGAUUAGGGGCCUAAUAAUGUGUGAUUACUGAGAAAAAAAGGCAUGGAAUAAGUAGAUUAAUAUCUCUAACCAUGCACAAUCCCGAAUUAGUAAGCUUCCCUACAUUUGAUUUUCACAGGUACGAGAUUUUCAGCCAUUUUU